AGAAAAAAGCGAAAUUGAUUGAUAGAAACAGAAAUUGAAAGUUGAAGUGCUGUGUAAGAUGACAGAGAAGACUUGUAAGGCUUAGUUGGAUUGGGAUUGAUGACAGUGUUGGCGCGCACCUGCUUCGUCUUCUUAUGCUCUCUUUCUCUCCAUCUUUGGCGUUCUUCUCAGUGUUCAUUCAUCAGUUUCAGUUUUCCUUUCCGGCACUGGUGAUCCGGUGAGUGGUUGCGAUAUGGUGCUCUGUUUUUGCGCGGAGAUCGGAUCCCUACCAGUGACAUUGAAAGUGGUAUAUCGGUAACAGGCAACCAAGCGAGAGUAGUGAUAUCGCUGGAGGACAUGGUGAUUGCGGCCCCCGCGGCCGUCGUCUCCCAUACUGCCACUACAUCUGUUCGCAAAAACACUCCCGUCGUCACUCGGCCAAAUGAUCCUUCGGCGAAGGUGUCACGGCGACCACUAACUCCGUCCGAGAGGGACAAUGCUGGAUUCUCUCGGCGGCCGCGCAGCAAGGAGAUCUCCUCCAGAUAUUUGUCUUCGUACUCUUCUUCUUCUUCGUCAACUACCUCCACUUCGUACUCCACGAAUUCCACUUUCUCCUCUUCGUUGUCUACCUUUCCUUCCCGGCGAUUUUCUUCACCUCUUGCCAAUCAUCGGGCGUCGACGCCAUCUUCAUUUCCAAAAAGCUUGACCUCCAAGAGGUCCCAGUCAGUGGAUCGGACCCGCUCCUCUACUCCCCUCCCAGAUCCCCGAGGCGCCUCGACGGCAGAGGGAUCGGAUGCUGCGGGGGGGUUCUGCACUACCACCAGGAGCCUCUCCGUCUCCUUUCAGGACGAAUCCUUCUUCUAUCAGACUAGCAAGGCUAAGGCGGACUCCACGACGCCCUUCCGGAAGCCAACACCGGAUCGCCGGAGGCCCACUACGCCGGUUCGAAACUCCUCAGCCGUCAGCACCGAUCUGUCCGAGACCUCGAGGACCCCGGAUCACUGCCAUCGCUGGCCGGCGGCCAGGAGCAGGAAGUCCAGUCUUCUGACGAAGAGCCUGGAUUGCUCGGGUGAGAGGAAUGAUCUACUCACUACUGUUCAGUUGCUGCGGCAGUCAAUGUUGGUCGACGGUGGUUCAGGCUGGGCUUCAUUUGUUGGGGCGGAACUCUCGGCUUCUUCAGACACGGAUAGUGUUUCAUCCGGAAGUAAUUCAGGGGUUCAUGAGCUGAACGCACCUCGCCAUGCGCGGGUCACUUCCUGCGGGAUUAGCAUGCCUGCCCGAUUUUGGCAGGAUACAAAUAACAGGCUUCGCCGGCUGCCGGAACUUGGGACUCCGGUAUCUUCAGGCGGCUCAAUGAGCCCUGCCAUGCCACAAAUAGCUUCUGUGAGGAGAUCAGUUGGCGAAAACUCUUUGUCUCGAUUUGUCUCUUCUCCACUUAGGGGUGCUGUGAGACCUUCCAGUCCCAGUAAACUUGCAGGUUCUCCAUCAAGAGGAGUCGUCAGUCCUUUAAGGGCAAGGAGUAGUAGUACAUUGGUGAGUUCUUUGCCUGCACGCCUGACAGCUAAUGCACCUUCGAUUAUAAGUUUUUCUGCUGAGGUGAGGAGAGCUAAAAAAGGAGAGAAUCGGAUCGAAGAGGCCCAUAUGUUGAGGCUAUUGCACGACCAGCAUUUGCAGUGGAGGUAUGUGAAUGCAAGGGCCAAUGCUGCACUGAUGAUUCAAAGAGUGGCUGCAGAGAAACAUCUGUAUAACGCGUGGAUAACUAUAUCGGAGAUGCGUGACUUGGUUACUAUUAAAAAAACCAAGCUACACUUCCUGACACAAAAUCUAAAGCUAACUACCAUUCUGAAGAGUCAGAUGGUCUAUCUGGAGGAAACAUCUCUUCUGGACAGAGAGCAUUCAAGUUCAUUAGCAGGUGCAAUCGAAUCAUUAAAGGCUAGCACUCUCCGCCUUCCAGUUGUCAGUGGAGCAAGGGCUAAUUUGCAAGAAGUGAAAAAUGCCGUUGGGUCGGCAGUAAACAUGUUGCAGGCGAUGGGAGCUUCCAUGCACUCCUUAAUGUCAAAGGUGCAAGACACGAGCUCCUUGGUUUCAGAACUCGCCAAAGUUGCUGCAAAAGAGCAAGCUUUGUUAGAUCAAUCCAGAAAUCUGCUAACCACAGUAGCAGCACUACAUGUCAAGCACUGUAGCCUGCGAGGCCAUCUCCUUCAAUUAAAACGCUGAACCGGAGAGAUGUAAUCAUAGAGCAGCUGAUUAUGAUUACUUACUAACACCAAGUCAGCAUUUUUUUUUCUGACUUGAUAUUGAACCAAAGGUAAGAAAGCUUGAUUGAUGAUAGUUAGUGGGUGUGCAAUGUGUGUUUUUAUUUUAUUUUUAUUCGGCCUGACAUGGCUGCUUCAUGUAUUUUAUUUAUUUUUAUUUUUUUGUCAUGCAAAUAACCAUAUGUGUACAGGAUUCUGGUUUUGUACAA